CUUUCAAUCAUCCUAAGCACCAUAAAACCAUUUUUCACCAUGUCUUCUCUUCCCUUUAGCGCGCCGCCCUGGCCCAUUCCCGCGUCAGCAAAUCUUACAUCAUCCACUAUUUCCAUUCCCGACGGCGAGAUCGAGAAACUCAAGACACUCCUCAAGCUAUCGCCGAUCCCGAAGGCGAAUAUCUGGAAUUCGCAUGAAGAUGGCGCCUUUGGUCUUCCGAGAGAUACUUUGACGGAGUUGGUUGAGUAUUGGGCGAAUGACUACGAUUGGAAGAAGCGGGAGGCUACUCUCAAUUCGAUCCCGCAGUUUGACAUCACAGUCACUGACGACGACUCGACAGACUACAAGAUCAAUUUUCUAGCCUUGUUUUCCAAGAAGCCUUCUGCGGUCCCCAUUUUGUUCCUUCAUAGCUGGCCAGGCUCUGUCGUUGAAUACCUCCCCAUCCUUCAGAAACUCAAAUCUGAGUACGAUCCUGAGUCUCUACCCUAUCACAUCAUCGUUCCUCACCAUAUCGGCUUCGGUUUCUCUGAUGCACCGCCUCUGGAAAAGCCAUUCACCCAUAUUGAUAAUGCUCGCCUUAUGUCAAAGAUGAUGCACUCUUUGGGCUUUGACAAGACGGGGUAUAUGACGCAGGGAGGCGAUCUUGGCGGCUGGACCGCACCUGUCAUCGCAAACAUUGAUCCCACUUGUAGGCUCGUCCACAUGAGCAUGCUGAACAUUUCGCCUCCUGCAGGUGAAGAUGUCGAGGAGGGCAUCAAGGCCGGCAAGUAUACUCCCGAUGAAAUGGCAGCAUUCGGCAGAAUGGCCGAGUUUCAAAAGAAAGAAACAGCCUUUAUCCAACUCGACGGCACCAAGCCAGCUACAGCAGGCUACAUCUUCGGCAGCAACCCCAUCGCCCUCCUCGCCUGGAUCGGCGACAAGAUGCACCGCUGGUCCGACGAAACACCCGACAAAGACCUCAUCCUUACCAACAUAGCUCUAUACUGGUUCACUGGUUGUUACCCAACAUCUAUCUACCUUCACCUCACUGUCCUUGAGGAUCAUGAGCUCAUGAUGAAUGCUUGGAAGAGCCUCAAGGUACCGCUUGGUCACUCGGCGUUCAAGAAGGAGCUUGUCACUGCGCCGGAGAGAUGGAUUCAGCAGACAGAGCAGGUGAAGUGGUAUAGAAUGCAUGACAAGGGUGGACACUUUGCUGCGCUUGAGGAGCCAGAUGCUCUUUGGAAGGAUGUGAAGGACUUCAUUGGGGCGUUUUGGAAGAAUUGAAGCGAUUCCAGUGAGGACGCAGCGCUUGGGGAAGAAGCAGGCAGCGACAAGUGCCGAGACAAGUUUAGGCCAAUUUAGGUAAGUUUAGUAGGUUCUUGGACUAGUUGUUUUCAUCUGUUACGAUCAGGUCAACUGUUGUCCGUGGUCUCGAGGCAAUAGACAUCAAAUAUACGAGGAUAUACCAUCUCUAG